AUGCAUACCAUCAGUUUAAUGUUAUCUGCACUUUUGGCUACAGCAGCUAUAAAUGCCGUUUCAGUGUCAAAAAGAGAAAAUGAAUUAGAAAAUUGGGAUCCUCUAUGGCCUUUCAAGAAAUCAGCUAGUUGUCCAGAAGCCCUGGUAUCCCUAACCACUUGCGCUCAAUUUGCUAAAAUGGAUACUUUAAAAUAUGAACUGGGUUAUAGCUCUAAGGUAUCAUGUGACCGUUGGAAAAUCUUAGAAAGAUGCCUAGCCGUAGGCACCAAACCUUGCAACACUCCUAAUGGUGUCCAAAAAUUCUUCGUCAAUUUGAGCAAAUUAUAUAAUGCUGAUAUAUAUAAUCAGUGCAUUGCAGAAAAACCAGCUAGAAGCGAUUUCAUGUUAAGAUCCAUCAUGAAGGAAGUGCGCCAAUCCGAUGAUGAGGAGAGUGAUGAUCACUGCAGUACCAACGGAAUGUGGUUUAUGUUUGGUUGUGUAAAUAAAUAA